AUGAUAGAUGGGCAGCAAUUAAAUGCUUCCGGAAAUAUUUCGGACCAUAAAGAAGCUGAAGAAACCGAUGUUACGGCUGAUGGUGGUUAUGGCACUCAAUUGGGUUACUGGUAUGGAGCUCGGUGUCUUAUGCUAACUUGGACAGUUACGGGUCUUAUGUCAUUGGCUGUGGAGCCCAUUGGGCAAGCGCUUGGUGGUGCCAAGAACCUUUGGACAGCCGAAAAUUUUAUUCUUGCUGGUGGCUUGGCUAUGACGCUUUACAUCAGCAAGCAAGCUAAGGACGAGCGGCUCGAGCGCAAUGAUUUAACCUUUACUCGUGAGCACUCCAACAGCCUCUUAUUUGGAUUUCAGAUAACAUUGAGUGUCGCGCCUGCACUAGCAUCCAUCUACUCAAACGAGAGUAGUGCAGGAAAAGGUAUGAUACUCAUCAUUAUAGUGGCAACACUAAGCCUGCCAUGGAACAACGUAUUUGGAGGUAGAAACCUACCCACCUUCGACGUAGGUACAGUGGCAGCCACCGUGAGCGGCUGA